AGCUAAAGAAUAGAAAUUCUCAUAAUGAUAACUGCAUCACUCACCCCCUAGUUGGGGAGAACUCUUCCUCAAUUUUGAUUUGUGCAAUCCAUAGAGCAGAUUUUCACCAGAUUUUACAAUUCAUGCAAGUAGAUCAUGUACUGCAUACAACAGUAGAAUAAUUUUAAGAACAUAAUAAGUUUAUGCAAGAGGAGAAGAUAAAAAACUAAAAGUGAAAACUCCCAAUGGAACCCUUAAAGGUCCCAUCAGACACUAAUUUUGUAUUUCUAAAUUGAAACACUCCCAAGAGAAGCCUAAAAGGUCGCAUCAGACACUCGUUUCAUUUUUCGAAUUUUUUUUGUUUUCAAGAUUCUUUGUUGGUUUGCUUGUCUACGUACAAAGCUUUUAUGAAAUGCCAAUACUUUUUCGAGUGGCUUCUCGAGACCAACUUUAUUCAGAUCGAUUAUGAAACCGAAAAGCCUAAAAACCCCCAAAAGCCUUCUAAAAACAAAAUUACUGUGGAAAGUCAAACAAUAACUUAAUGCACUCAAAGAAGUUCUACAACUAGAAUCUCUAUCCUAGGAAUAUAUUGAACUCAGUAAAACAUAAUUUUAUAAUCUCAUAAUCACUUUGUAGAGUACUCCUAAUUUCUCUACAAAACUAAAUGACCAAAAUAUUGGUUGGAUCACCAUUAGUGUGUUUAUGUAUUAUUGGAAAUCCUUAAGACAAUAUAUGUGCUUACUGUUAAACCUGAUAUAUCUUCUAUGAGGACCAGAGAUGGAGGCUUUUUGAGCUAUUGAACUUUAUGUAUUCUGGCCUGCUAUCGUCAACUACUGCUCCAGCAUUAUUGCGGGAUUUGUUAGUGGUUGCGGACAAAUUUGAUGUUGCUUCUUGCGUGUGUCAUUGUACCGUGCUGCUGGGUAAUCUCCACAUGACACAAGAAUGCGCUUUACUAUAUCUUGAGCAUCCUGAUAGAAUGAUAGAUGCAAUGCAACCUUUGGCCGUUGCUGCUAAGCAAUUUCUUGCUAAAAAAUAUCAGGAUUUGUUCGAGUUUCAUGAUGAGUUAAUGGCCUUGCCUUUAUCUAGUAUCAAGGCAGUGCUCUCAAGCAACGAGUUGCACCUCGGGUUGGAGGAUGUCGUAUUUGAUUUUGCCCUUGAGUGGGCACGAGCCAACUACCCCAACCUUGAGGAGCGGCAUGAGAUCUGGGGUUUACAUCUUGCCCCUGUCAUACGUUUUUCAGACAUGUCGACCCACAAGCUCAAGGAGGUCUUCGAAUGCGAAGAACUAGACCUCAGCAUUGCGUUCAAAAUAGUGGCAAAGGCCCUUUUAGUCAAGGCAGAGGAGCUCAAACUCAAGCAGUGUGUGACUCAGUGUGCAAAAAGGCACCUCCCAGUUAAGGUGAUAGAGUUGGCUGCAAACCCUGCUAAGUGCCUGGUGUUCUUCGACCUUCGUCAAGAGGAGUGUGCUGCCCUCUUUCCAAAAGAUUACAUAGACUCACAGUUGUUCUACCUAAACGGCAAUGCUUUCUACCUCAGUCUUGACCGCAACAUAAUUCAGGGAAGCUCCACCCAUUGUUGUGGCCUUUACCAUGGAAUGUAGGAGGGGUGAGGGGUCAGAG